AUGUUCUCCCUUUUUGGCCUUGCAUUUAUUUUUAUUGUUGGGACAGGGGUUGGUGCGGUAAGAGAAAAAGAGUAUGGCUACUGGAACUUGACGAUUGUGGGAGGAGCGUCGGCCACCGGGUGGCGGUAUCAGGACACGACGUCUGUGUUUUUUGGGAGGGGGGACCAGGAGGGGGGUGGGAGGGGGGAGGUCCAGUGUCAUUGGGUUUAUAACCCUGAGACGAGAGGGGAGACGAUGGAGUGUACUGAGGGGGGAUUUGGGUAUCAGUGGGGGGAUGAGGGUAGAACGGAUAUCACUGUGCAACAGACCCUGGAGAACAUCGAUGGUGAAGUAGGAAGCAUCACACUAGGUGGAACGGCCAACGUGACUUUGAGAUAUGGAACUUCAGCGAACGGGCGAGGAUUCGAGGGCAGGGUCAUCGUGUCUGCUAAGAGAUGCUGUUUGGGCAGGAUGAAUGGGUAGUUGAAUCUAACACACAUGGAGAGAACAGAGAAAUGUCAGCUACUUGCCCGUGACCCCCAGCAACAAGGAGGCAAUGUGCUCCUGCUCCACAUGCACCUGUCCUGAUCCAGACUGGCUGCGAUGCUGAACCGUCAAAGUAUACCCAUCAAUCCAACUCCCAUCCCCAUCAAAGCACCGACGGCAGCAGCUCCAGUCUCUCUAGGUCCACCCGCUGUACUCGUCGUUGAUGCCGGACCACCCACGCCAUUCGACCCAUCAGUCGGCCCAAGACCAACUGCAGCAGCCGUGAGGCAUGCGUCAACAUCGGUAGCCACCAUCAGAAGCGCGUUCCCAGCAACACCCGUCGCUCCCUCGCCGGAGCAGCUCGUGGCAAAGGCCUUGACCAACUCCUUGCUUGCAUCGACCCACGAGCUCACAUUCUUUUGCCAGAUGGCAAACUCUUGCAGUAUACUCGUGGACCUUUGUGGAAUGGCACCGGCUAUCUUGGUCGGGAAGGCGACGACGGCCGAGCAGACGACUCUCCUGUCAGAGUGAGCGUUUGUUGGUUGGAGUUUGGGAUCGCCUGUCACGAAGACGUGGUCAUGGCCAAGCGAGUUGGAACUGACGAUCUCGGCGAUGGCGGCUGGUUGGGUGGGAUACGAGGUAUGUAAUAGGUAAAAGUUCUCCACGCAAAGGUCGCUCGGUGCCAAAGUUGGCAGGCCUGUCAGUGUUGGGAGGGCGGUGGUGUCCUGGGCAACAGCAAAGGUUGACAGGAGUAUGAACCACAAGGUGGUGGUGGAAUCAGGGGCUCGCAUGAUGGUGGAGGUUGUCAAGAUGGCGAUUCUGGACUGUUGAAAGGGGCAAAGUCGUAAGUCGAGAGACAGAGAAAGAAAUCCCCGAACGGGCUUGCAGUCCAGCUGUAUGUAUUUGUCUCCUCCUUGAAUUCUUGCGCGGUGAUGAUCCGGUUAGGACUAGACGCCUUGACCCCUGCAUACACUAUGACCUAGCCAGGCAUUGCCAAGCUCGUAGCGCAACGGGUCAGAAUCUUCGAUGGCGGGCGGGGA